GGCGAACUCGUGGAGCUCAUGAAGAAAGCCAAUAAGACCAAGGAUUUCAGCGAACUAGACGAGACGAUUCGUUCCAAGAUUCCCAAGUAUAUCUACAACGGCGGCGAGGGCAAGUGUCUGCCUAUUCAUCAACUCGUCCUCAGGCGCAACAAGGAGAGACCGCCUAGCAAAGAGAUCACUCCGCCCAAGGUGCUUCCUGACGAGGAGUCGGUGGCCGGGAGGUACCUGCCUCGGAAGAUGGAACCAGACAGAGCCGCGGACUUCACCACGUACCGGUACGUGUGCUGGGACCUGAAACACGUGGGGGCUGUGGGCGAGACGGUGCUCCACCUGUGUGUACUCAACGCCACCUCCGUCCACAACGACCUCGCUAAGAGGCUCAUCCGACACUUCCCCAACCUCAUCAACGACAUCUACCUCUGUGAUGAGUACUAUGGGGAGAAUGUGCUGCACAUCUCCAUCGUGAACGAGGAUCCGGCGAUGGUCAAGUUCCUGCUCGACAACGGCGCCAACUACCACGAACGCUGUCUGGGUAACUUUAUGUGUCCCGAGGACCAGAAGACCUCCAGGUGUGACUCCCUCGACCACGAGUGGGUCGACCUCUGCCUGCCCACCAACUAUGAAGG